AAAAUAUGCGGUCCAUGACGUUUAAUUCGUCAGUCGAAGUUGUAAGAUCGAACGCAACGUUUCAUUCCAACUUUAUCUUUAAAGUUGUCCACAUCUUCUUAAGUUUAACGUCCACCAUGAUAGCAUCUCACUUCCUUUUGCCAGUGAUUGCCAUGUUGCUUUCGAUUGGAUCUAUCGAAGCUGGUCCAUCAACUCCUCGGACAAACAUCCAGAACACUACGACAGAAGCUUCUUCCGAAAAGGUGUCCAACAUCAAAAGCCGGCAAUUCAAUACGAACGUGCCAACAGGAGCCACCGGUUUGAGCGCUGGAAACUCGGCCAGUCUUCUGCAAAGUCCACUCCAACAAUUAGCCCUUUUACAGCAAGUGACCAGUUCGAACAACAGCCCCAUGUCCAUAGCAUCGGAACUGGAAGCUCAGAAACAGGAAGCCCUUCAGUUGGAAAAUCAAAAACAACAGCAGGGUCUAUUGGCUUCAGUUCAAAUUCAACAGGACCAAGUGGCAACAGCUCAGGCGGCCAUAACGAAUCAGAGUCAAAUGGUGAACGGCCAGUUUCAGCCCGGAGCCAACGUGCAGGCGGCACUCAAUCCGCAGUUGCAACAACUUCAGCAGACGUUGGAGGCCCAGAAGCAACAGCUUUUGAUCCAGCAGCAAUUGCUCCAGCAGCAAGUGAAACCUGAAGCCCAACAAAUGAACAAACAACAAAUUUUGAUUGCCCAGCUUUUGAACGAGCCUCCAGCGAAGAGGCCUCAACUUUGGGAGCAGAUUAAGCAGACGAUAACGAAACAAGAAGCCGCGAUGAUGGUCAAUCCAUUUGCUAAUCAGAUGGGACAGACGAGUUCGACACCGGCUAUUUUUUCGCAAUCAAACAUAUCACAGCCGAGCAGAAGUCAACAGGAGAUGCAGCGAUAUCAGGCCUUGCUUCAACUGCUCAGCUUGGCCAGCCUGUCCUCGAAUAAUCCCAAUCGGUUGGGACACUACGCCGAACCGAACAGAUCGACCAUGUCGUCCAUUGGUUCUGGAUUGCCUUAUUCAUUUGGUAGCAAUGCAAUCAAUGCUCAGCUGCUCCAACAGCAGCAAAUGCAGCAGCAUCAAAUGCUUUUGCUUCAACGACAGCAACAAAUGAUGAUGUUCCAGCAUCAAAUGGCCAUGAUGAAUCCUUUUAUGUUUUAAAAAUGUUUUUUUUUUCUUUUCUUUUAUUAUUCUUUAUUAUUUAUUCUCGCACGUUUUUAUUUCACUUAAAUUAAAGAACCUCACUUUGUUACGUUUGACGUGUCGAGACGUCCAUUAAAUUUCCUUCGGCCCUCCCACUCGUUAAAUGCUUCCCUGUUUCUGGCAAGUCAAGGAAAGAAAUUGACAGAAUACAUUGCUUAUAGACUUUGUUA